AUGCCGCAACAACAUUCGAUGCAGCCACGUCACAUGCAAAGUAUUGGAAGUCAGGUACUCGCACAACCGUUCCAGCACCAGAAAGAGCGCCACUCGCAACAUCUACAAACAUUAUCAGAUACUCUGACUUCUGGAAACGUAAGCAAUUCUAGCAAUGCGGAAUCGCCUACUUUUCCGGGAGUCAGAGAGAGCUGUCAACAGAACGGUGCGGGAAGUUACGAUGACAAUGUCCCUGAGGUGCUGCGCAACCUGCCGGAUGGAAGCACGUUCUUGCAAGUGCAAGACCCAAGUCUGCAUAUCUAUAUGUCGCAGACUAUCAGGCGUGCUGUUUCGCACGAUCUUUUCGCGCUCGUUGGAGAUGGCAUCCACAAGAUUAAUCCUCGAAGUCGACGUGGAGCUGCAGUACGCGUGGACGGGGGGCAAGUGUACACGGUGCAUGGGAUUUGCCGAGGGGGAUUCGAGGUGCCGCUGCUCCUUGCCGUCACACAGAACAAACGCGAAGAAGAUUACGUCAUCAUCUUCAACAAGUUGAAAGCCGCGAUGGAAGAGGCGAUAGAGGGAUUGAGUCUGACGGAACCACGACUAAGAGUCGUCCUGGAUUUCGAACAGGCUGCGAUUAAUGCCGCAAGGAGAAUUUUUCCAAAUGCCUCCGUGGAGGGAUGCGCAUGGCAUCUAAGCCAGGCCUGGGUGAGGAGACGGAAUACCCUUGGAAUUCUUCGCUUCCUGAAAGGUUCUGAAAGAUGCGGAAGCGUUGUCCAAUGGUGGAGAACGUUGAAAGGGCUUCCAUUUCUCCCCACGGAAUACUUCCACCACGUCGAAGCGAUGAGGAGGCCACCCGUAGAGCGCGAACAUCCUGCGUACGGGCCGUGCAAGAAGUUUUCAAACUACUUGCGGAACACCUGGCUCGAGGGGCCAUUCAAGACAAUGUGGUGCAAGUAUAUGGUAGAUGUCCAGCGAACAACCAACACUGCCGAGAACUACCACGGAAGGCUCAGGAAAAUUCUCGGCAAGAAACAUCCACCCCUAGCGCAGCUGAUACUGGCCUUCCGCAGCUUUACACUAGUGGCAAAGGGGACUUUGGCAAGAAUGGAAUUGAGGAGGAGCGAGCCCAAGAUGCUUAGAAAAAGGGACAGGAUAAGAAGGGAGAAGGGUGAAGGCGCCAUGGCCUCAUUUGCGACACUUCGUUGUGAAAAUCUCCUCGAUACCGUCACGGUGGAGGAGUAUCUACGAAGAAUGUCCAAGUAUACAUCGGACAAGGCAAUCUAA